GGGAGUGCUAUCUUAUCCUCUCUUACUUCGAACAUGGCCGUAUUUGCAGUACCUCAUCCACCCAGCGACCAGUCUAUCCAUCCAUACCUUUCUACCAUCCUCGACUUCGCUACGCAGAAAGUCCUAGCUACCGCCUCUGUCCGCGUAUACUGCGCCGUCUUCAACAAGCCACAUCUCAACUGGAAGUACUCAGAGCUGAAAGGCAUCCUCGUCUUUGGGCGGGAUAGAGAAGUUGACGUCGUCCAAGGCCGCGCCGACCGUGGCACGCGCACUAAAGAGCGCUACUGGUUCAAGCUCGUCGACACCAACAUCGACCGCGUCGUGUGGGUAUACUCCAUCCCGGAGGUCUUCGAAUACAGCAAGGACAUGCCGUUCUUUCACUACUUCUCCGGAAAGACGCGUAUGUUUGGCUUCCGGUUCGACGAAGACCCCGAGGCCGCGAACAUGUACCAGCACGUUGUUGACAGAACACGCCGGCACUUUUUCGGUCCCUUGUCUUCAAGGGGACUCACAGACAGACCGAGAUCCCGCAAGACAAAGCCAAUCUCGCCCGCGAUGAUCUCGGGCCCGCAGCCCAACUCAUGCAUCCACGUCUCGCACGUCGGCAUAUCCCCAAAGGGCGUCAUCGAGGCAUCGCAGAACAUAGAUCCGAGCUGGACAAAACUGAUCGCAGACCUGCAGGGCUACGGCGUGGGCCCGGACGUCGUGCGCAAUAACCAGGACUUCGUGGAGGGCUUCCUGGCGGGAGCACGGUCCACGCGCGACAAACAGGCUUCUUCUUCGCCACCGGCUGCUAAGCCUCUUCCGCAAACGCCGUCCGCACCGGCACGACCUGCCAUCAUCAAAACAGAUCAAACGAAACACAAGAUUCCUCGAAAAGCAGUCAAGUUCGCUUGA